UUGAACAAAAAUAAUGGUCGAGACAUGAUCGAGAUGUGGUUGUGGCAUUGGCUCUUUCGUGGCCGAAGCCUGUGGAGGUUGCGCGAUCUUUUACACAAGGACGCACAGUGCUUCUGUAAGAAGAAGAUCCAAGCGAGAGAAGACUGAGGAGUGACUGAGUCACGUCCAGAUUCUUUCUUCCCUUCUAUUCUCCUCCAAGCAUGUCGACACAAACAUCAGAAGAAGAGCAUCAACCAACUUUUAACAAUGUCAGACUCGUCCAAGGCAGAGGAACCAACCACCGAUGGCACUACUGAUAGUUCCAGCCAGACGGCUCCCACCAUGAGCCGGCAAUUGGUCCGCGCUGCCGUACUCAUGGCCGUCUUGGCCGUCUCCUUCCACCUAACCAGUAGCACGAAUACUACUACCAACGACAGCAAUAAACGACACAUGAUACUCCUCCUCCACUUGCUAUCCUUUUCCUCGUGGUUUGGAUGUUCCAUUUGGGUUUCCUUUAUUGCCGGGAUUGUCAUGUUUCAAAAUUUACCACGACAUGUCUUUGGACGGUUGCAAGCCAAACUCUUUCCGGCCUACUUUUUGUUUUCCGCCGUCAUGAUGGUGGUGGCAUGGGCCACGGCACAGGCAUUGCAGUGGACGAAGGAAUCCUGGAUUCCACUCGGCAGCAUUCUGGCGACGAUAUUGGCCAAUUUGGUUUUCCUGGAACCCAAAACGACCGAAGUCAUGUUUGCGCGACAUGUUGUGGAGCGACGAUUGGGAACGGGACACGAAGUGGGAAUCAUCAAACCCAAAGACCCCAAGGCGGCCAAUGAUCCCGAACUCAAAGCACUCUCCAAACAAUUUGGAAUGCUACACGGGAUAUCCACACUCAUGAAUUUGAUGGCGCUGGGAGUGGGCUGUUAUUGGAUCAACUUUCUGGCAUUGCAAAUAAUGGUGCGGUAGACGAUUCAACAACAACAAAAACAAUCAGUAACAACAAGCAAGCAAACAGAGAAACUAAACAAAAGAGAGGUUUCAGAGUUUUGAAGCUGCAUAUAUCACAUUGCAGUACAGUAGAAUGCAAGAUGGUUGAAUCAACCUCCAACUGGUAGUUCCCGUGCAAAUCACUCAUAAACGUUGGCUACCAGAUGCAGAGUCGCAACCUUUUACACGUAGUCUCAUCUGAAUAAGUCGUAUGCAAUACUAUGGCUACCAUAAGGUUGUCUAUUACUGUACUUUAUGAAAUGUAGGUUUAGUGUGCUGCCUGGCAGCCAUGCUGUAGGAGACUCGACUCGACUCUGUCCGGAAGGGCAUCCAAUGAUCACCACGAUGUAGACUCAAACUUCUGGACAAUGCCUCAACCAGUUGGCGAAUGUUCUGAA